GAGUGAGCCUUGGGCUGGAUGGGACCCACCAUGCCCCCAAGCAAGAAGGCCCAGAGCCCCAGUAGUGGAGCCAGUGCCUCCCAGGGCAUGAGCCCACCGUAUCGGCAGGGGCCCCCGGGCACGGCGGCGUCGGAGGCCGAGGCAGCUGACCUCUCCCUGUCCCUCUCCGCCUCCUUCUCCAAGGCUGAGGACGAGGAGCUCACCAGCCUCUCCUGGCUACACGAGAGCACAGACCUCCUCAACAGCUUCAGCCACUCAGGGCUGCGUAGCGUCUCCCCGCUCUUGGACUCCGACGGUCAGCACCCCCGCUCGCCUUCUUCCUCGUCUCCUUUGCCAGACGACCCCCUGCUAGGUGAUGCACAUUCAGCGUACGACUUGGCAGCGGGGGCAAACAGAAAACCGCCGUACUCUUUCAGCUGCCUUAUCUUCAUGGCUAUCGAGGACGCACCAAACAAACGGCUGCCGGUGAAGGACAUCUAUGGCUGGAUCCUGGAGCACUUCCCGUAUUUUGCAAACGCCCCCACAGGAUGGAAGAACUCAGUACGCCACAAUCUGUCUCUGAACAAGUGCUUCAAGAAGGUGGAUAAAGACCGAAGUCAGAGCAUAGGCAAAGGCUCCCUGUGGUCCAUAGAUCCGGAGUAUAGGCACAACCUGAUCCAGGCGUUGAAGAAGACGCCGUACCACCCCUUCUCGCCCAGCCUGGCCACACCUUCCAAUUCUCCACCGACUCUGCCUCAGACAUUUCAUCACAGUCCUCCAUUGUGGUCGGGGAGUCCCCUCUUCAGAAAGAACGGCGGAGUCCUCCUACAAGUACCUCGUGGUGUAAUCCAAAAUGGUGCCCGGGUCCGGAGCCAAGCCCUCUUCCCUGUGAUCAGACCCCUACCUGUUAGCCCUGUGGGGAGCAGAACCUCGACCAUAAGAUCUUCCCUAGGAGAUUAUCUAAGCCGAGGACAGGACAGCCCAUCUCGCUACACUCCACCCCCCUGCGGCGAGGACCUCCAGGAUGACCACACUUACAGCACCGCCAUGUCCCCCAGUAGGCUAUGCUCCUCCCAGGUCGCAGCUUCUUCAUGCCCCUUGGACAACGAUGACGACAUAAUUGCUGUAGAGAUCAAAUCAGACGUCAAAGCAGAGCCCCGGGAGAUUCCGUUGGAUUCUCACACGACCACUGCCACAACUGCCUACAUUUCCCAACAGGCCCUUCGUGGACAGAGACGUAGUUCAGUAUCAGGAGCGGGGACUCUGGCAGGCAGCAGUUUGCCCUGGACCAAAAACCGAGCCAGAGGCAUCAGCGACACGCUCCCGCUGAAAAAGCGACGCGCGGCGGCGGUGGAGAAGCCGCCGGAGAGCGAUGACGAGGAGAUGAAGGAGGCAGCGGGGUCGCUGCUCCACCUGGCGGGGGUCAGAGCCUGCCUGAACAACAUCACAAACCGCACCGCCAAGGGCCAGAAAGAGCAGAAGGAGGCCCUGAGAAACUAAAACACACAUGUCGAACAAACACACACACACACACACACAGAUCAAAACACGCACACACAUUAGCACACCGAGACAUACAAUACACAAAUAGGUCAACAGGUAACUCUACGACAGCAUUAGUCUCCAUGGACACUUCCCAUCACCCUCUAUCUAUCUGCAGGGCAUUAGGUGAAUCCUACUUAUAUGUGGCAAUAUCAAAAAUCUAUGUUUUCCUACAUGUUCAGCAACACUAACAUCAAUGGGUAUUUGUCAUGCGUCUCUGUUGUUUUGUUGUUUCAAAAGGGGAUGAAAGCCAUAAAAAGCACGUUUUGUUUCUAAUUUGGAAAAAAAAAAAAAAAAAAAUUUGAACCCGACAAAAAUGACGAAUCACGUACUGUCCGUGAACAGACGAUGGCUGUUUGUCUUAUCUGUUCGUUUCUAUGUGAAUCUGUAGCAAUCUCGAAGUGAUGCCAGCAAAGGCCGCAGAGCCGUCGAGACGAAGCCUACUCACCCAGACUUGGAGCUCUUCCGGCCGCGUGCUUGCAUUACUCUCCGACAUCCAUGAGCACAAUUGUGAGACUGUGCCAAAGAUAAGUGACCAGGUUGCUUCAUGUAGCCGAUGCGACAGCCGACGACAAAAGGUGUAGUAGAACGGAGGAGCUGGGAGGGAAAAUUACCUAAGGUGUCAAAAUAAUUGUAAAACCCAAUGUGAUAUAUAUAUUCAUGCACUUAAGAUUAUUUUACGCCACUUAUAAUACAAAGCAUCAUGGGUAAAGACAUGGUUUAUUUCAAGAGCACUCAUAGUAUUUAAGAAUAGAUAUAUUAAAUUUACAAAAUGAUCAUGUUUAUCACCACAGAGGUGGAUAGUGUGCCGGGUUUGAGGCAAUAUCUCCUUCAUUUUGUUGUUGUUGCAUAAUGUAAAAAAAAAAGCAAAACGAAAACAAAAAAACUUCCCUAGUACCUCUGUCCAUAGAUGUAGACACCUGGUAUAGAAACCAUAGUUGCCAGUAGCGACCACACCUUCCUAUUCAUUUGACAAAAAAAAAAAAAAACUCUAUACAUAAACUGUGGGUUUAGAUUUCCGUUCCUGUCUGUUUACCCUCACUCUACCCUCAUAAAGAUAUAAGCAAUUUGUCCCGUGUGGACAACUCUGUAAAAAGGUUAGAAAAUAUUUUAUUUUUUUCCUUUCUUAAUUGAAGCAAUUUGACCUGCAGGACUUUCUCAGUUAUAUUGCAUGGGUGCUUGUAAAUAAGAUAAAAGCAAAUCUUUUUUAUUCAAAGAUCAUGUAAGAUAAACAAUGUAUUUAGCAUGAAGCAUGACUUAUUUUCAUAUAAAUCUUGAUCCUAGAGGAAAAAAAAAAUGUUUUGCCGCCAAUUCCUAUACCCGUGUGGUUAUAUUGGAUUUUUUUUUUUUUUCCGGUCUUUUUGGGUUGUUUUUUUUUUUUUUUUUUUUCUGGGCGGGCUUUUAAAGACACGUCUUCAGGGAGGAAUGUGGAAGAUCACUCUGCGAUUAGAGGCCCAAGGGCGCCACCUCUGGGCGUUGGGUUCAGGCUACGUAGGCCAGCUAAAUCACCUUUAAAGGGUGGGCUUCUGUCGUCUUCUGCCUGUACAGUGACUUGUGUGUGUUCAGUGUCAACCCCGGUGUUAUUUCAGAACACGUCUGUAGAGCGCGUGAGUUCGUGUGCCCAGGAACGCACAACCUGAAACGUUGUGCCUGCCUGCCUGCCUGCCCCUUCAGUGUUUCUGUUGUCGUGUCUCCGACAUGUGUUGACAGAACGAUAACCGGUCUUUAUUUAUGACAUGAUUGUUUUGGUUUCCUCUUCCGUGUGUAAGUGUACGUGUGUCCUACUAUGCCAUCAGCAUUUUACUGUGUCAACGUGUGGAUCAGAUGAGCGAAGAAAACCUUGUGGAUUUCCUGUAAGAACCUCAUAACAAACAGCUACCUGGAAGUUAAAGAUCACACGAGCGAGAGAAGCUGAGAAAGACAGGAGGGAGAAAGAAUGAAAAAAAAAAAAAGUUGUUUUCUUUUUUUUCACAUGCAGUGUUCUUAUUAAGAUUUUAAUUUCAGAUCUUGUAAUCUGUAUGACAGAUUUAUGUAACCAGCCCAAUCUGGAGAUUAGGGGUUGAAUUUUGGUUUCUUUUACUCGAGAUUUACCCAGAUUUGUGAGCAGCAGCGGGUUCUGACGGAGCUGAUAUAGAAACUACACGGCCAAUAUUUGGCAUGUUUUCUCGAAAUCUGCAGUGCAUUAAAGUAUUAGUUUGCCCUCACGUGCAAGAUAUGCAGAGCAGCUUUACGGGAUUGGGGAGUCACACGUUGACUGUCGGCGAGAGUGGGUAAACAAGUGCAUGUCCCAUCCACUGGUAUAGUCUUUUGCCACCUGUAGCAUGCAUUACUGGCAUUGUAUUUUGUAUGAUGUCCACACCAUAUGAAAAGACAAAAUGAGACACUGUCAGUGUCCUUGUUGUGUGCCAUUCGUCUCUUGUCUGAUAUGGGUCUGAGUGCUCCAGGAGCCCAGGUCGAGUACUCCGCCGUAUUUGCAGUAACAAUCCACGGUUGUGGUGACUAAUAAUGUGUUCAGUUGGUAGAGGCAUGUCAGGGGAGAAUGUGUUGCUUUAGCAACAGCCUUUUUUUUCCCUCUGACUCACUCAGUGACAUGCAGGAAAGAUGAACCUCUGACCUACAUGGCCUGAAAAAAAAACCACAUAAAAUAUACCUGGUGUGUUGUAAAGCUAAAGAAAUACACUGCACUGCCUGAAAUAAAUAAAAAAAAAACCUUCUUAAGCAAGUGUUAAACUUAAUCCUGCCAAACAUCACGUACUUGCCAAUGUUUGUUUUUGCACAUUUUCAUGUUUUUGUUUCUUCUCUGACAAAACGAUCUAGAAAACUGCCAUCAUUUUUUUUUGUGUGUGACCGUCUGAGGUGAAUAUUGGAAAGCCAUAGGUGAGAGAUGUCUGAAAGCAAAACUCUUAUUGAUCCAUGAGAUGUGAUGCAGAGUGCGCCCAGGUGUUGGUUUCCUUUUUUUUUUUUCUUUCUUUUUUUCAGUAACUGUUUGAUCCUUUCCUUAUUGUGCAAUCAUAUUGCCAAAGAAUGAUUUCAAGACCUAAUUCAUCACUACAUGUAAAUAUCAACGUUGUCCAAUACUGUGGCAAAAAAAAUAUAUAAAUGUUGUUUUAUUUUGUUUUCCAUUUUCUGAAAAACUACAAUGAUGUUUAUGUGAUGUAUUGUCUUCCAGUUGGUUGCAAUAAUAAAAAGUACAAGUUGCAGAAGA